AUGGCUACCAGGGAGAGGCAGCCUCGCCGUAAAAAGCAGCCUUCAUUCUCGUCUUCUCUCCUCGACUCCAUUUACCAGUCCAUUGACGAGCAAGAAAUGGAACAUUUUGAUCUUCAUAGAAAAAACAAUUCUGUACAAGUUAAAAAUGAAAUCCAAAGUUUUCGACGAGCACUCAUGAUUGAAAAAUGGAUGGAAAAUUACAGAAGCAGCAGCAACGCUCCAACUUCAAGGCUUUUUGCAUCCAAUUCAGGUUCAUCAACAGAUUCAAGCAUGUUUUCAUCUUCCAAAUCCACGUCAAAGUCAUCAGCUGCUUCCUUUGAUCAGAAACAGAAACAGAAACAGAAACAGAAGCAAGAUCAAAUACCUGUCAUUGAGAAACCUGGAAAGAUUUUACAGUCUGAGAAUAGAACAAAUCGACAAGGUAGAUUCUCUAAAACAAAAUUAUGUGCAUUGAAGAUUUAUGAAGAUUUGAAGAAGGUAAAAGAGCCGAUUUCACCAGGCUGUAAAAUUACCAACUUUUUGAAUUCCAUUUUCAGCCCAAGAAAGUUGAAGAAAAAUCAGGUUAUGGAGGAAUGGAGUUCAAUGAGGAAGUCUAGAUCAAUAAAAGACACAAAAACAUGUUCAUUGGCUUCAAGAUCUUGCUUAAGGAAAACGCCAAGGGGUAAUAAAUCGAAAAGGUCUGUUAGAUUUUGCCUCGUUAAUGCAGUUGUAUAUGAAGAUCCUCCACAUGUCCCUUAUCAGUAUACGAACACUCAUCUCUCGAGCACAGGUUCAAGUUCAAUCCGACCACAGAAAAGUAAAUAUGGUUAUGAUUAUUCAAGUACUGCACCAAUAUCAAGUGUUGGCUGCCAAUUCAUAAAGAAAAACAUUGAGAGUUCGAGACUUGAAGAGGUGAAAAAUUUGAGUAAACAUGGAUCCAGAUAUCAAUUUUAUGAGAAUGAGAGUGAGAGUGAUUUGGAUAAUAAGAGUUGUACUAGUUCUGAUCUUUUUGAGCUUGAUCACACUGUCAGGUUUGGAACUGGAAAUGAAGAAGGAUUGCCAGUGUAUGGAACUACAAGACUUGAGGCAAUUGCUGGUGGAUUUGUUAUGUAG